AUGAAACAACUUCUUGACUCCGGUUCUGAGACCAGGGAAGAGGAAUUCGCGAUAACAGUAAUAGAGGAAGACAAAAAUCGUCGAUCUGAAGAUGAAAAUCAUAGAUCUAAAGAGGAAAAUCGUAGAUCUGAAGCUGAAACUGUAGAUAUGGAGCCAAGCGAAGCUUAUGGAUCUAGUGGUGGUGGUUCGUUGGUGGUACAAGGUGGCAUCAGUUCGUCGGUGGUAGGAAGCGGCGACAGUCAAGGGUGGUGGCUGGUGGCAAACUGGUGGUAA